UUCGGUUCGAUUCCAGUUCGCGUGCACCGGCGACCGAGCACGGUCAAACCCAUCGCUCCUCGGCACUCGCGCUGAUAAGCCGGCAUUCGGCAGUUCAAUUUCACUCGACUCGCUCGAGUUUUCCGGACUACAUUUACCAAUUUGAAUUUCGUAUCGUGCGCGCCAUACUCGAAACUGUCGGGUAUUUUUUUCGAAUUAUACUUUUAAAUAGUGACGGAUGAGUGAGUUUUCGUUGUCUAAGCUGUGGGUGCGCGAGGAAGCCGCCAUGGACAGCUGCUAUAAGCUUUACACUUGGAUCAACCACACGUUGCUGAUGCUGCUGAUCCAGAUCUUCUGGAAGAUGAGCCAGAUAUCGGACUAUUUCAAAGAAAAGUCCGUAGAAGACUCGAAGAAAGAAACAAUAUUCACAGUCGCACCGCUCACAAAGGAGUCCAAAUUCAGACGGCACAUAAGGUCCAUGUCGGACGUCCAGAGUAGCACACCCUACAAACUAGCCUUCAGGUCAAGACAGGGCAGCACGCACACGCUCAUGUACGAUUCCGACACGAGAGCGAGACGGAUCCGGUCCUACAACCUCCACAAACAACAGGAGUCCUCCGAUUCUAGCGACUACGUGGAACCGAGAAAACUCCGAAGCAUAGAACACAACAUACUUAAGCACACAGAUUCCAUGAGAAUCCUAUAGGAUCUGAUUUAUUUUACUUUGAGGCUGUACCGUCUAGUUACACUAGAUCGGGAUCAUGUCGGACUUGGUACUGUGUUCUAUAGGACCGGAUAGUUGUGCCGCACAAAACGAGGGGGGACCGGCGUGAUCUAUGGAAUAGACUAUUGUGAUUCCUUUUAUGAGACUGUGAUGAGGUAGAAUAUUUAGUUUUUAGUUAAGUCACUAAGGAUAAGUAUUCUAAUGGAAUACCAAUAAUGUGAUUUAGGGAGUACGAUAGUAAUACCAUUUUUUUAUGAUGAUAAUUAUGUUUAAGGAUGGUGUUAAAAAAUGAAUA